AUGGAUCAGAGUAGGUGGACGAUGGAAUCGUUCUCGAGCUCGCGGAUGGUGGACGGUGUCACGGCGAACUACAACAAGGUACUCAGGUUCCUACUCUACCUCCCCAGGGCCGGCGCCGAUGGUGUGGCGGUCUUCAGUGGGGGGGCAUCAGAUGGAGGACCACCUGUUGCAGUUCGACCUAGAGAAGGUGCUCAGGUGUCCUUCACCCGGAUUACCGAUCCAAAACUAGCAGAUAAGUUCUCUAACUCACUUCCCCCAAAUCCCUCCGCUGUUACAAAAGCGCAGUGCAACUGCUAUGAUUUAGGUGGUAUCGAUAAGAAGUGCAACACUAUGGCAUACUCAAUAGCUAUGAAAGGACAUUGGUGUAGCGGAAGUGGUCAUGGUAAUUCAAAGAAGCAAGCAAUGCUUAUAAAAAAGGUUGAAAUGAUUAAUGGCUGA